CGUUAAAGUUUAACAAAGAGAUGUACAACAAAAUUAAGGGCAAAAAGAAUGAGCCCCUUUCUAGUAUAGGCCAGAAGAGGCUGAGGAUCACGGAUAAAGAAAAGGAGAAAGAGAAAGAGGUGGUGGAGAAAGGGUCGUCCACUCCUACACUUGAUCUGGACGAGGGUCCGGCUGCAUCCCCUGGCAUCUCGGUUGAGGAGGUGGCUCGUCCUUCUAAGAAGCAGAAGGCGGCCAGUAAGGGGAAAGAGAAAGUUGGUGCCAGCGUUUGGUCGAACGCUGGGACGGCCAUGGAUCGUGCCAACGAGCUCUUUACCCCUGGUGAGAUGAGGGAAGUCACGAGCAUUCCUUCACACGAGAUGGUGAGCCGUCACGUUCACAAGCUUGUGCAGGUGUUGGGGGAGACCAUGCACAUCACCACGUAGUAUUUAGCGAACGAAGAGAAGGCCGUUGUGGCCAACUCGAAGGUGGAAGCUAUGGAGGCUGAGGCCUCUGGUUUGUGGAAGGAUUUGAUCACGACCAUGGAUUCUCUUAACAUUUCCAAGGAGCAGGUUCGUGUACUGACGGAGUAGCUGGACGUUGAGAGGCAAUCUAUGAAGCAGAAAGACGAACUCCUAGCGGCGGCCGCUCAGAAGAUGAAGGUUGCAGUGGCCAAGGCCGUCACUGCUUUCCAGACCACGGAAGAAUAUAACACCAUUCUUUUCCAGUGGUACUUCAAAGGGUUUGAGCUGCUGCGAAGGUAUUUGAUCAAGCAUGGUCCUGGCGUGAACCUUGACGACUUAGACUUUGAGGCCGUCGAUAAGGAGAUUGAAGAGGACGAAGCGGCUUAAGCAGU